AUGCUCCAGGGUGUCCGGCAAGAGCAUUGCAACGCUCCGGGGUUUUCGGCAAGUGCACUGCAACACUCCAAGACACCCCAAAGCGUUGCAGUGCACUUGCCGGACACCCCGGAGCAGCAUUGCAACUGUCUCGACGUGGAUGACGUGGACGUGGACGUGGAGGAGGUGGACGUGGACGUGGACGUGGACGUGGACCUGGACGUGGACGUGGACGUGGACGUGGAAGUGGACGUGGACGUGGACGUGGACGUGGUCGUGGACGUGGACGUGGACGUGGACGUGGACUUGGACGUGGACGUGGACGUGGACGUGGACCUGGACGUGGACGUGGUCGUGGACGUGGUUGGGUCGCUUUGCAGCGCUCUAGGGUGGUCGGCAAGAGCAUUGCAACGCUUGAGGGUGGUCAGCAAGAGCAUUCCAACGCUCUAG